UUGUCUUUCAAUAUUUUUUUUUUGUCUUUGUUAUCGGAAUGAUUAGGUAUUUUAGACUAAAAUGAAUUAGAUUAUUUUUAUUGAGAAAUGAAUUGAGGGUGAUAAAUUGGAAGAGGUGUAGAAGAGAGAGAGUAGUAUUUAUUAGGAAGAGGGGAGAAGAAAAGGGUGAGAAAGUAAGGUUAAGAGAUUAGUAGGAUGGGGAAUGAGUUGGAAGAAGCAGUAGUGGUAGCAGAAGAGGAGGAGGAGAGGGACGAUGUGGUGGUUGGUGCGGUUGACUACAGAGGUGGAUGCGCCAUAAGAUCCAAAUCUGGGUCAUGGAGAUCCGCUUGGUUUAUCAUAGGCGUGGAAGUGGCGGAGAGGAUUGCGUAUUACGGGAUUCAGGGGAACAUGAUAUCGUAUCUCACGGGGCCUCUUCAUCAGAGCACCGCCGCCGCCGCAGAGAACGUCAACGUUUGGUCGGGAACUGCUUCCUUGCUUCCUCUCGCCGGGGCUUUCCUUGCAGAUUCUCGUCUCGGCCGCUACCGGACCAUCUUACUCGCUUCCCUCGUCUACAUUCUGGGUCUUGGACUGUUAACACUAUCAGCUUUGCUUCCUUCUCUCUCCAACUCUGAGUGUCAAGUCGACAAUGAAUUGAAAUCAUGCUCUCCUCGCUGGCAAAUAAUUUUGUUUUUCAUCUCUCUUUAUUUGAUCGCCAUUGGGCAAGGUGGACAUAAGCCCUGUGUGCAGGCUUUUGGAGCAGAUCAAUUUGAUGAACAACAUCCAAAGGAGCACAAAGAUAGAAGCACGUUCUUUAAUUGGUGGUAUUUCACUAUGUGUGCUGGAUGCUUGGCAACUCUUUCGAUCUUGAACUAUAUUCAGGACAACCUUAGUUGGGUUCUUGGAUUUGGAAUUCCUUGCGCUGUCAUGAUUGUUGCAUUAAUUGUUUUCUUGUUAGGAACAAUGACAUACAGGUUUACCAUUCAGCAGCGAGACAAAAGGCCCUUUCGCAGAAUUGGCCGUGUAUUUGUCGCUGCUAUAAGAAAUCGGCGAACCACCCAUUCAACCACAGCUAUCAAAGCAGAACGUGAUGGAAUGCUUCCUCAUCAAAGUUCUGAACAGUUCGAGUUCCUUAACAAAGCGUUAUUAGAGUUAAAGGAUGAGGAUUCCAUAGAAGAGGAGAGUUGUAGCCCAAGUGAAGUGGAAGAAGCUAAAGCAGUACUAAGGUUGGUUCCCAUUUGGUCUACAACGCUGAUUUAUGCUGUGGUCUUUGCUCAAGUUCCAACGUUCUUUACUAAGCAAGGGGUUACUUUGGAGAGAACACUAUUACCCGGUUUUGAUAUACCCCCUGCAUCUCUUCAAACACUUACGACUGCGGCCAUCGUUCUCUUCAGUCCCAUCUAUGACCGCUUAUUUGUGCCAGCGGCGAGAGCUAUCACUGGCAAACCCUCAGGCAUAACAAUGCUGCAAAGAAUUGGGACUGGCAUUUUUUUAUCAGUGAUCACUGUAGUAUUUGCAGCCCUUGUUGAGACCAAGAGAUUGAAAACGGCUCAGGAGUCUGGUGUUGUUGAUGAACCUAAUGCAACUGUUCCGAUGAGUAUAUGGUGGUUAAUUCCCCAAUAUAUGUUCUUCGGAAUCUCUGAAGUUUUUACCAUGGUUGGUCUGCAGGAGUUUUUCUAUGACCAGGUCCCAAAUGAACUAAGAAGCAUGGGUCUUGCUUUGUACUUGAGCAUAUUUGGUGUUGGGAGCUUUAUAAGCGGCUUUCUGAUUUCUGUGAUAGAGAAAGUGACAGGUAAAGACGGAGAAGACAGUUGGUUUGCUAAUAAUCUGAACAAGGCGCAUCUUAAUUACUUUUACUGGCUACUUGCUGCUCUCAGUGUCAUGGGAUUGGCCCUCUUCACCUGCUUUGCUAAAUCUUAUAUUUACAAUAACAAAGGUAUCAGGCGACAAUAGUCAACUCUUCUAUCAUGUUCAUGGAGUGAAAAAAAAAAAACUAUAUGGGGUGAAAAUUAUAUCUUGAUUGUACAUAUAAACCCUCUAAUUGAUUGUACCUGUUGCUGUAUUUGGACUCCUAAAUUGGAGAAUCAACUUCAAAAUAUACAGGAUUGAUUUAAAAAAAAUAUACAUCAUUUUCACUGUUACAAAA